AUGAGCCAGCGUGUUCCAAACUACCACAUCGAUGAUACUCCGGCGGCCACCGUCCAUCCCACUAAAGCUGCAGAUAUCCCCACGGACUUCAUCAUGAGUGUUAUUAGCAUGAAGGGUGGGGAUGGAAAACACAGUUAUGCAAAUAAUUCCGAGGCGCAGAAAAAUAUCAAUGCCCUUGCAAAGCUGGCUGUGGUCGAAAACGUAAAAGAAGUGAUAGUGAAAUUGGGUUUUCCUGGGUAUAUCAAAGUGGCCGACUUGGGGUGUUCUUCCGGAGAAAACACGUUUGUAGCUACGUCCGAAAUCGUCAACACGAUCGUAGAAUCAUACCAACAAAAAGGACAAAACCCACCAGAGAUAGAUUGUUGUCUUAACGAUCUUCCAGACAACGAUUUCAACACUACCUUCAAAUUGCUCCCUUCCUUCCACGAGAAGCUGCAGUUGGAUGUCAAAGGAAAGUGCUUCGUCUCAGGAGUCCCAGGCUCAUUCUAUUCAAGACUUUUCCCAAGCAAAUCUCUCCAUUUUGUUCAUUCAUCUUUUAGUCUCCAUUGGCUUUCUAAGGUCCCUGAUGGGCUUGAGGAAAACAAGACGAAUGUGUAUCUUAGAAGUCCAUGCCCUCCAAAUGUGUACGAGAGUUAUUUGACUCAAUUCAAAAAUGAUUUCUCAUUGUUUCUAAGAAUGCGUGCGGAGGAGACAAUGCCUAAUGGACGUAUGGUUCUCACUUUAGUGGGCAGGAAAGCUUUGAACCCUUUAUCAAAAGAUUGUUUCCAGAAUUGGUCGUUGAUAUCUUAUUCCCUCCUCGAUUUGGUUUCUGAGGGGUUAGUGAAGGAAUCUGAUGUUGGAUCUUUUAACUUGCCAUUUUAUAAUCCUGACGAAAACGAGUUGAGUGAAGUUAUCGAAAACGAGGGCUCUUUCAAGAUCAACAAUUUUGAGACACUAUUUGGAAGUAACAUCCCUUCGAGUUGA